ACAGCAAUACUAUAUAAGCAGGGGGCAUAUAGUAAACAUUAGAUGUUAAGGACUACCUGUGGAAACAGAACUUCACAACUCAAGAUGAAGGGAAUCUGCUUUGUUCUGUUGUGCGCAGCAGUGUCUCAUGCAGUGCCGAUCUGGAGCGAAAGAGAACAAUUGCAGCUCAUUGAGAAAUACUUAGAAAACUAUUACAACCUCACCUCAGAUGAGAAACCAGCCUUAAGAGGGAGAAACAGCAGCCCAAUAAUUAAAAAAAUCAGAGAAAUGCAAAAGUUUAUGGGACUAGAGGUGACAGGCAAUUUGGAUUCUAACACACUGGAAACAAUUCAGAAACCAAGGUGUGGAAACCCAGAUGUUGGCCAGUUUGCCUUCUUUUCAGGACAACCCAAAUGGGGAAAGAAAGACCUGACUUACAGGAUAUUGAACUAUACACCAGACAUGGAGAUACAAGAUGUGGACAAAGACAUUGAAAGAGCUUUUAAAGUCUGGAGUCGGGUAUCACCACUGACAUUCACAAGAGUUUUGCAAGGCGAUGCAGAUAUAUUGAUCUCGUUUGGUUCAAGAGAUCAUGGAGAUUUCAAUCCCUUUGAUGGUCCGGGGGGAACUGUUGCCCAUGCUUAUGCCCCCAGCAGUGGUAUUGGAGGAGAUGCUCAUUUCGAUGAAGAUGAAAACUGGAGUCAUGGCUUAGAAGGUUCCAACCUUUUUUUCGUUGCUGCUCACGAAUUUGGCCACUCGUUGGGGCUCUACCAUUCCAAUGAUCCAAAUGCUGUGAUGUUCCCAGUCUAUAGACAACCAGAACUUGGCCAACAGAUCCUCGCUCAGGAUGAUAUUCAAGGCAUUCAGCACCUCUAUGGUCCAUCAACCAACCCACCUCAAGACCCAAAAGAGGACGAUGAGCCCAUUGAACCUGUCCGGCCAACCCAACCUGCAAUGCCAACAGCAUGUGAUCCUCGUUUGAUAUUUGAUGCUGUCACUCCUUUUCGAGGAGAAAUGUUGUUCUUUAAAGACAAAUACUUCUGGCGAAAGCAUCCUCAGUAUCCACAGAUAGACUUUAGCUUAAUUUCUCAGUUCUGGUCAUUUUUACCAACUGGUGUUGAUGCUGUUUCUGAAAAUAAUGAUAAAGAUCAGGCACUUCUGUUUAAAGGUAAUCAGUUCUGGGCUGUAAGAGGUGAAUACAGGGUUCCUGGUUAUCCCAAACGUAUCCAAAGCCUAGGUUUUCCAAAAGAUGUCAAGAAAAUUGAUGCAGCAUUUUACAAUGCUAAUGAAAAGCGAACAUACUUCUUUUCUUCUGAUAAAUACUGGAGGUAUGACGAAGUUACCCAAACCCUGGAAAAGAAACCCAGAAGGAUAAGAGAUGACUUCCCUGGUAUUGAUGGGAAGAUUGAUGCUGUCUUUCAACAUAAUGGCUUGUUAUACUUCUUCAGGGGAACAAACCAAUAUGAGUUUGACCCAAACACCAGCAGAGUUAGGCAAAUCAAAAAGGCCAACAGCUGGUUUUCAUGCUGAGAAGAUCAAAGCCCUGGACAUAUGGAAACCUUUGUUAUAAAAUAAUCGCUGCUGAAUGUUUAAUAUUAGCACUGGUCCUCUGUAAAUGGCCCCCUACUAGGCUGUGAGAUCUAAUGCUGGUUGUUAUUUUUAUAUAUUUUGUAUGCAUAUUGCAAUUAUUUUAAUGACCAUAAGUCAAGUUGGACUAUAUACUUAGCUAAUAUUUAGGAGUAGUUCUCCCACAGUUGAUUGAAGACAAACUUUUCUCACCUAUUGUAUGAGGUGUCUUAUAGAUUUGCUUGUCUUGUGACCAAUUACUAUAGAAUUAAUACAGUUUGACACCACUCCAAUUACCAUGGCUCAAUAUUAUAGAAUCUCAGGAUUUAUAGUUUGGCGAAACACCAGCACACUUUGGCAAAUAAGCUAAAUACUUUGCAAAACUACAACCCCCAUAAUUCCAUAGCAUUGAGCCAUGGUAGUUAAAGUGAUAUCAAACUGCAUUAAAUCUAUACAGUAUAGAUGCCCCCUGAGGCAGUAAGCACGUGUUUGGUUUCCAAGUCUCAUUGUUCAGCCAUGCAAUUCUGAGAAGAAUGAGUUACUGAUAAAGAGAAUGCCAUCAAGAUCUAAAUACAAUCUUAACCUGUGUAGUUUGACUUUAAGAUCAUAUUCUUAUUGUCUUAGGGGAAACUUUCCAUGGAGUCUGUAUGACUUACUCUUAAGUAGUCAUGUGAAUAAUAAGUGCCUCAUAAGUUUCAAAGAUAAUAAAUUAAAGAAAUUCCAGAAUGCCUCAUGCAAACAUUUCAAACUUAGAGUGAACUUUAGAGAUGAACAAAACAUUUCCUAUACCACCAAUAAAAGUUUCUGUAUGCUUCUCAGUACUUUUUUCAAACUCAAUUGGUUGGAUAAGAAACAUCUUAUGAGCUAUUAUGUGUCCAAUGUUUCAGUGGGGUUCUAUGAGCCAUUGUGGUUUGAGUGUUUGACUGUUGAACUAUGGUUCUGAAGACCUUCCUUCUUUGGAGGCUUUUAAACAGAGGCUGGAUGGCCAUCUGUCGGGGGUGCUAUGAAUGCGAUUUCCUGCUUCUUGGCAGGGGGUUGGAUUGGAUGGCCCAUGAGGUCUCUUCCAACUCUACUAUUCUAUGAUUCUAUGAUUCUAUGAUUCUAUGACCAGGAUCUGAAUCCCCACUUGGACAUGAAACCCACUAGGUUACUUUGGGCAAAUCAUGCUCUCUCAGGCUGAAAAGAAGGCAAUUCAAAUGUCUUCCAAACAAAUCUUACCAAGAAAAUCCUGUGAUAGGUUCAUUUUACAGUCACCAUCCAUCCAAAACAUCUUUAAGGCAUAUAACAGCAACUACUAAUGCUAGAUAUAACAUUUUAAGAUGUCAGCAUCAAUUCUGAAUCCGUGAACUUUGUGUAUAAAACAUUUCUUAUAUUGUUAUAACAUUUCUCCAGAUGUUAAUCAAGAGUAAUUUAUUGCAUUUUGUAGAGCCGAUCAGUAUGACUUUUCACAAAUAUUUGUUUGAAUAUGUAUUGUUCUCAUUGUAUGAAUGUUACAUUGCCAUCAUUGAUAACUUGUCAUGUUGACAAUAAAUAAAAUGUUUCUUUAAUUUA